AUGUCAUCAGCCUGCGCCCGGCUGAUCGCAACGCGCCGACAGCUGGCGCAGCCCUUCGCUCUCCCGGCCUCCCCCUCCCUGGUUCCGCGCUCUGGUUCCGCCAUGGAAUCCAACAAGGAUGAAGCCGAGCGCUGUAUUAGCAUCGCACUCAAGGCCAUCCAGAGCAACCAGCCCGACCGGGCGCUCCGCUUCCUGGAGAAAGCACAACGGCUGUACCCGACGCCGCGAGUUCGCGGCCUGAUCGAGUCCCUCAACCAGAAACCACAGUCUGCUGGUGACCAGCCCCAAACUACAGACACGACACAUGCAACCCAUAGGAAAGCAGGUGGGUCCAACGCCCCCUCGGCCAACGGCGAAGCUGGAGGAGGAGAGAGCACCAAAGGCUACACUGCAGAACAAGUAGCAGCCGUGAAAAGGGUCAAGCAGUGUAAAGAUUACUACGAGAUCCUGGGGGUGAGCAGAGGGGCCUCAGAUGAGGACCUGAAGAAAGCCUACCGCAAGCUGGCCCUCAAAUUCCACCCAGACAAGAACCAUGCACCUGGCGCCACUGAAGCUUUCAAAGCCAUUGGCACAGCAUAUGCAGUACUUAGCAACCCUGAGAAGAGGAAACAGUAUGACCAGUUUGGUGAUGACAAGAGCCAGGCAGCCCGUCACGGCCAUGGGCAUGGAGACUUCCACCGUGGCUUUGAGGCUGACAUCUCCCCUGAAGACCUCUUCAACAUGUUCUUUGGUGGUGGCUUUCCGUCAAGUAACGUCCACGUCUACAGCAACGGCCGUAUGCGUUAUACCUACCAGCAAAGGCAGGACCGCAGGGAGAACCAGGGUGACGGCGGGCUGGGGGUAUUUGUCCAACUGAUGCCCAUCCUCAUCCUGAUCCUCGUGUCAGCUCUCAGCCAGCUCAUGGUCUCCAGUCCACCCUACAGUCUGAGCCCGAGGCCGUCGGUGGGUCACAUCCACAAGCGAGUCACCGAUCACCUGAACGUCAUCUACUACGUGGCAGACACCUUCUCUGAGGAGUACACAGGUUCUAGCCUGAAAACAGUUGAACGGAACGUGGAAGAUGAUUAUAUCGCCAACCUCCGAAACAACUGCUGGAAGGAAAAGCAGCAAAAGGAAGGCUUGCUAUACCGGGCCCGCUACUUCGGCGACACAGAUAUGUACCACAAAGCACAGAAGAUGGGCACCCCCAGCUGUAACCGACUGUCAGAGGUGCAGGCCUCCCUGCAUGGAUAGUCCUGGGCCAGCUACGCUACCGAGGUCCAAACCAUGAAAUCCCUGGAGAAUUUUUGGUGACAUGCACUGAGCCAAGGUGAUGGACUUUAUAUUUAAGGAAAGACAUAAAAAGAAAAAACAUUAAAAUGGAAUUGGAGGCCGAACGCCGUACAACUGCCCUCUCUCUCACCCAGUUAAUGCAGAAAGCUCUUAGGACAGACAGGAAAACUGGCCACGGGACUGCUUCCCUUCCUCCCAUGGCUGGCAGAGGCUCAGGCUCCACAUCAGCUCUCUCCUAGGAUACAGAAACCAUGGCAACGAAAGUAGAAUGUAAAACUUGCAGCAAAUGUCUGUGGGUAGGGCUGGGGGAGGGGGCACCCAACUGCCUUUCUUCCCUCUCCCAGGAGCCUCUGGUCACCUCUCAGUGGAAGCCAGUCAGAGGUGUUGGCCAAGGAUAGAGAGGAGGCAGAGAGAACUCUCCAGAGAAUGUAAUUUAUAGAUGCACAUAUAUGUAUAUAUAUCUAUUUAUAUGUAAAUAGCAUAUAUAAAGAUAUAUAUAUAUAUAGUCUACUUUUUAAACUAUGCAGGGAUUUGGUUAA